UCCAAACCACUAGUUUACUAGCGGUCGAUUUGCGAAUGGCUGCACGCGAGGGGGUCGAUGCCUCACGAGGCAGCCCGUUCACAAAUGGUUGCACACGAGGGGGUCUAAGCAGUGGCCUGUAGCGAGGCAACGACAUCGUUAUCUGCUUCUGAAACUCUCAUGUUUUUCCAUCUCCAUAUACUGGUAAGCUUUUCAAGAAGAUGGAAUUGCACAAGCUAGCAGAUAUGCUACUGAGGAUUCAAUUAAGUCAUGGCUUAAUGAAUUACUUUGCUUGGAUGUUGCAAGUUACAUUCCAAAUAUCACUAUACUUCCACAUCCAAGUGAAUGUGGCCUUUACUAUGCCAACCGAGAUAUACUUUUCUAAUAUCACAAGGAGAGUGAGAUAUGUUUAUAGGUUUGUCUCUCCAUUGUGGAAUUCAAUGAUAUUUUUUCUCCUCAUAGAGAGAAGACUACACUUGAGCAUGAGCCUAGCUUACUGGCAAACUGCUGAAGGAGGCAGUUAA